AUGGCGCUGGAACUGGAUGAGGCGAUGGAGCAGCAGCUGGAUGUGGCCUUUAACGCACAGCUCAUCGAUGAGAAAGCUUUUCAGGCCCUCGUCAAGGGCGUCUUUGCCAUUGCAUUUGAAGAAGCCACAGAGGCUGACCUCCUGGGUGCUGGUGCAUUGCAAAAUGCCAAUGCACGCUCAGUGAAGCAGGCGUACACUGGGCUCCUGACCCUGGUGCUAGAGGCCGCCAAGCAGAACCUAAAUGGCGAUUCGCUGCGGAGCACCGACAUGGGUUGCGUACAAGACUGCAACGGUGAGUCAAGGCUCUUCUUUACUCAGACGCAUCGUCUCAUCUCGCGUCCGCCAGCCCUUUGUCUCAUCCUGGUCUACUUGGACUUGGUCUCGGCCCAUAGCACGACCUUUCACAUACCGCAUCUCGAAGAUGUGGAAUGGCGACUGGAUCAGACAACCCGAGGAUCACAUUUGGACAAGAUUGAUGAGCCUCGCUUCAACAUCACUUUUCGCACCACGAACGAUGAGAGCAACACCACCAUCAGUUGCGAUUUGGCCAGACUGCAGGAUCUUGUGGCCAAACUGGAGAGUGCAUGUGCAGCAGUUCAAUCACUGGCAGAAGCCUCUUGA